UUCAUGGAUGAUAGUUCAAAUUAACUCUGAAACUUUGGCUUUAUGAGCGUCAUAAAUUAAAAUUUCUCGUCUUAAAUCGCCAUCAACUAUCAACCACUGAAAUCCCCCCAAAAUUUGCCAAAUUAAACUCAUGGUCUGCACUUCACGUUUCUUGCAUUUAUGUUCCUCCGAUUUUCUUGAAAUUUCCGUGGUCGAAUUACCGAUUCUUCCGAGGGAUGAUCGCCAAUCGCCAAUUCUCUACUGGAAAUCGCGUCGCCCAAGCUCGGUGUCGUGUGCUUCCCAGGUGUUAAUCCUUUAACUAGUGUGAAAUCGAGGGGCUUUUUGCGGAUCAAGGCCAUGGAAGACUCACAGACAAUGAGUGUGAAUGGGCUUCCUGUUUCUGAUUAGGGAGCCGGUUGACUACUGUUGGCAAAUCAACAGACAUAAUGUGGCAUGUCUGUUCAGUUGGAAAGGUUGAAAGGCAGAAUUUACUCAAACAAAAAGGAUGUGUCGUAUGGAUCACAGGUCUUAGUGGUUCAGGAAAAAGCACUGUAGCUGCUGCCGUGAGUCAUACUCUAUAUGAGAGGGGAAAGUUGACUUAUAUUCUUGAUGGCGACAAUGUCAGGCAUGGCUUGAACUCUGACCUUAGUUUUAAAGCGGAAGACCGUGCUGAGAACAUACGUAGAGUUGGGGAGGUAGCAAAGCUAUUUGCAGAUGCUGGAGUUAUUUGUAUUACUAGUUUGAUUUCUCCAUACAAGAGGGAUCGAGAUGCAUGCCGCGCACUGCUACCUGAUGGAGAAUUCAUUGAGGUUUUCAUGGACGUGCCUCUUGAAGUUUGUGAGGCAAGAGAUCCAAAGGGCCUCUAUAAGCUCCCCCGAGCAGGGAAGAUCAAAGGCUUUACGGGAAUUGAUGCUCCAUAUGAGCCACCAUCAGAAUCUGAGAUUGUACUUAAAUAUAAUGGAGAAAUAUGUGCUUCCCCUGAUGAAAUGGCUGCAGAAGUGAUUUCUUACUUGGAUGAAAGGGGAUACCUUCAUGCUUAAAACUUCUGUGUGGUUAUGUCUAGUACAAUGCUUUUGGUUCUCUACAGUUUGUUCCUGAAUAUCAUUUUGAUGAUUGUUUUUACAUUUUUCUUUUCUUUUUCAGUUCCUUGUACGCCAGUAAGGACUUAUCUCCAUUUAUCGCACCCAAGAAGGCAUCAUUUUGCUUGUUUGUAUUUCCUUCCUUACAGGGGAUUGCACUAUCAUGAAAGUUAACUUUUUCAUUAUUUUUGCUGGCUAUUUAAUUUUGUCUUGAAAGGCUGGCUACUUUCAUGGUUUAAUUUUAUGGUAUUCUCACUUGGGUGCU